CGACGCGGACCGAACCCCAGUACGAUCGAGCGAGACGGGCCGGGCGUACCUGCUACCAACGACCGUACAAUGCGUCACACUACGCGAUUAUGAGGCGAACGCGACUAUUUUCCUCAAAUAAUCAGUGAAAUAAUGUAAAACGUUCGUCAAAAAGUAACUACAAGCCGCCGCGGCGUCACCUGCGUGCCCGCUCCGUUGUCCUCCCGCCGGCCGGCGGACGCUGCACGGGACAACGCUUCCAAUAAAAAAAAAACUAAAAUUUCGAUGUCAGUGAGCGUGAGGACUCUAGUGUCAGUGUAGUGUAGUUCUAAAAUAGUUAAAUGGAUAAACGGCGUGCAAUGUUCGUAUGAGGAAGAAAGGCAACCGGAACAUCAUGUCGGUGGGCCUGCAGCGGCGCGUGCCGCCGCUGGACGACGCGCCGGGCGUUCCGGCGGCCUGGAAGAGCGGCAACCCGGAGCCGCCUUUCUCGUCCUUCGCGCCGCCCGCGGGCUCUCCGGCCGGCCCGGCCUUCGCCGCCUCCCCGGCCCCCUCCACCCCCGGCCCGGGCUUCGCCGGUCCACCUUAUGCUGCCCCUUUCGGGAGCCCCUCGGCCCGGCCCGGGAGCGGCGGCGGGGGCUUCCCGCCGGGCCCGCCGCCCCAGCAGGGGCACUUCCCGGGGCCGAACUUCGCACCGCCCGGGUCCCCGUUUCACCCGCACCCGCCGCAUCCGAUGCCCCCGCAUCCGCAUAUGAUGGCGCCGCUACCGCCGCCUGUUGAUAGGCGGCACACUCCAUAUUUCGGACAACCGGAUUACAGAGUUUACGAACUCAAUAAGCGGUUACAGCAGAGGACAGAGGACUCGGACAACCUCUGGUGGGACGCGUUCGCGACAGAGUUCUUCGAGGACGACGCGACGCUAACGCUCACAUUCUGUUUAGAAGAUGGACCUAAGAGAUACACAAUAGGAAGGACGCUGAUACCGCGGUACUUCCGCAGUAUAUACGAGGGCGGAGUCUCAGAGCUGUACUACACGAUGCGGCAACCCAAGGAGUCCUUCCACAACACCAGCAUCACGCUGGACUGCGACCACUGUACGAUGGUCACGCACCACGGCAAACCCAUGUUCACUAAGGUGUGCACAGAAGGCCGGCUGAUCCUCGAGUUCACGUUCGACGACCUGAUGCGCAUCAAGUCCUGGCACAUGGCGGUCCGGGCUCACCGGGAGCUGAUCCCGCGGCAGGCCGUCCACCCGCCAGACCACGCGGCCCUAGACCAGCUCUCCAAGAACAUCACACGCCAGGGCAUCACCAACUCCACGCUCAACUACUUGAGGUUAUGCGUGAUCCUGGAGCCGAUGCAGGAGCUGAUGUCGCGGCACAAGGCGUACGCGCUGUCGCCGCGGGACUGCCUCAAGACCACGCUCUUCCAGAAGUGGCAGCGGAUGGUCGCACCCCCUGAGUCGCAGCGGCCGGCGAGCAAGCGGCGCAAGCGCAAGGGCAGCGCGGGCGCCAACGCCGCGCCCCCCGCGCCCGCCAAGAAGCGCUCCCCCGGACCCAACUUCAGCCUCGCCUCGCAGGACGUGAUGGUGGUUGGCGAGCCCUCGCUGAUGGGCGGCGAGUUCGGCGACGAGGACGAGCGGCUCAUCACGCGGCUCGAGAACACGCAGUACGAGGGCGACGCCGACUGGAGCGCGCCGCCGCAGGAGCCCGCCAAGACGCCGCCCGGCAACCACUGACCGGCGCCGGCAACCGC